AUGACCAAACUCUCCUUUGUUAAUACGUCAAUAAUUUCUAUGAUACAAAAAAAGCAUUAUUCAACUGAAAGCUUUAAUAAAGUUUUUAAAUAUUGCAAGAAUAUAACACAACUUGAGAAUGCCGUGAAUCGACUUUUCUACAAACAUCAUACGCCACAUCCACAAACUAUCAGAGAAGCAUUCAAAGCGUGUUCAAGGUUAAUUAUACAAGAUCAUAAUAAGAGUCCAUUAAAUAAUUUUUCGAUGAAUUCGUUAAGUGAGGACAUGUCAAAGUAUUGGAUAGAUAUUCCAUCAAAUACACAUACAACGGACGAUGUAAUAAGAGUUGCAAAUCAAAUGAUUGAAAGGUUGGAUCAGAAUUGUAAGACAACUUAUGUUUACAACUCAUAUAUUUUAGUAUGUGGAAUUGCAAAGAGAACUGAUCUUGCAUAUGCCGCUUAUAAUGAAAUGUUGGAAACUUUUGUAAGGUUGAACGUUAGCACUUAUAAAUUAUUGAUCUUUGCGUGCGCUAAUAAAUUAGAUUUGGAUCGGGCUUUUCAUACAAUAGAUUCCUCAAUUGACUCAAUAUUUUUCUCUGUGAGGACAAGGGUUUGGGUGAAGACGUUCAUGCAUUUAGGGGUUGGCGCUCUUGUUGCUAAAUGUAUCAUAUUCGCUCUUGCAGCGGUCGUACAGGAUAUAAAUGGGUUGACCGUGGCUGGAAUCGGAACGGGUGCUUUUUUGAGUAUGAGGUACGCGAUGCACGCUAUAUUCAAAGAUAUUGUUGUAUCGGAGAAUGUUACUUAUAAUGAAAAGGAAAAUUCAGAUAUUGAUGAUACGAAUUUAUCCUCCGAUUUUAAAUUGAGUGAAAUGAGACCAAAAGAAAUUCGAAGAUAUAUGUACACUUUCUUGAUGAGUUGUUUAUUAAGAAAUGAGAAAUUUAAUGAAGCAUUAAUCGUGCUUCAUCAAAUGGCUGAUAAUCAAAUCCCUUUAGAUAAAAGCUCAUAUAAUGAUUUAAUUAAUUCCCUGUGUCGUAUGCAAAAUCCAACUGUCGCUCUUGAAGCUGUUAUUAAAUUUCAAGAACAUGGCUUUCGUCCUACCGCACAAACAUUCCAGCAUAUUGUUCUUUCUCUCAAAAACCGUAAUUGUGAUGAAAGAAUGAGGAAAACCCUUUAUAAUUUAAUGAGAGAUAAUAAUGUGUAUUUUCCAAACGAUUGUAUAAAUAAAUCUUAA